GUGAUCAUCAUCAUCGGCAUCGCCGCAGCGCGCUCGGAUGGGUUCAAUUAACAUCGACCAAUCCUGCGACUGUUAAUUCGUCGCGAAGAGGGCCAAUUGGAUCAUCGGCCCCGCUUAUAGCAACAAUUAACGUUUGAUUGACGCGAGCGCGCGUGCGUGUGUGUGUAUAUAUUUAACAAAUAUAUAAACGCGCGCGCGUGUCGUUCGAUAGGGGUUUUGAACGACGUUAGCGGUGUCCACAACACCAACAGUGAGGCUACCGAGGAGAUUUCGUCAUCGGCGGCGGUAUUUUAAAUCGAUCGAUCGAUCGGUCGUCGGUUCGUCAUUGGGACCUCCGGAGAGAUGACGCGACAUCAGAAGCCGUCGCUUGUCGCUCCCGGCAUCGUUGAAAUUAAGAGCCAGUUUGGCGCGGAGUUCCGGCGCGUGUCGAUCGCCCGGUGUCCACCCCCGCGUUUGGAGGAGUUCCGGGCCCUGCUGCUGAGGCUGCACGGCCUGGCAGGGAUGGUGGGAGGAGCGAGCGCAGGAGGCAGCAAGAAGACAGCAGCAGGAGCAGCAGGAGGAGGAGGAAGACGAGGACGAGGAGGUGGAGGGGAACUGGUCGUGUGCUACACGGUGUCCGACGGGAGUCUGCUGCCCAUCACGAACAGCCACAACUUCGCCAAGGCCAUAGCGGGGGCGGCACCGCUCCUGCGAAUCACCGUCACCAUCGCAGAUGAUGCGCAGCUCGCCACCGCGGCCGUCUCCUCCUCCGCCAUCGCCAAGCGAGGGGUGUUCUCCGGCCUGCGCGGACGCGACGGCGCCCCCCACGCCUCCCGGCUUCCCGUGGGGCCCCCCCGGGACUUCCACCCGCUGUCGUCCCUCAUCGACGUAGACGUGCUGCCGGCGAGCCUGCGUCGCGUGCGGCUCUACCGCCACGGCUCAGCUCGCCCGCUCGGCUUCUACGUGGCCGACCGGAGCGCCGACGGCAGGGCCCGGCUAGGCGGCCGCGGCGGCGCCGGCGUCUUCAUCUCGCGGCUGCUGCCCGGUGGUCUGGCCGCCUCGUCGGGCCUCCUCUCCGUCGGGGACCGCGUGCUGGAGGUGAACGGCGCGCCCGUCGCCGGCAAGGGCCUGGACGAGGUGACGGCGAUGAUGGUGGCCAACGGGCACCACCUCGUCAUCACGGUGAGGCCCGCGGAGCUGGAACGGCGGGACGGCGGGGAUGACGGAGGAGUCGGAGGAGGAGGGAACGACGAUGAGUUCUGGACGCGCGAUUCGGGAAGCUCGGAGAGCUCUGUGCAGUCGCUGGUGUCCGACGGCAGCGAAGGGAUGAGGUUAUCGCGACGGGGGUCGCAGCGCCAUCAUCAUCACCAGCAGCAGCAGCAGAAGAAGAGGAACCACGUAAAGGAAGAGGUCUCUUUGACCUCGCGGAGCGGUGGCGAUUCGGACAGCUUGGCGUUAGCGCCGCUCCUGUCCGACACGGAACUGUGGGACAGCGAGGCGGAGGAGGAGGAUUUGGUGAUCGACCAGAUCGGCGUCGAUCGCCAUGCGGACUUCCCCGCCGCCGGCAAGCCGGGCCGACCGCUGGCCACGUACGACGGUGGUGUGCGGAACUCGCCGUGGGCCCACCGACGGUCGGGCACCGUGACGGAGGAGGGCGGAGUCAUCACGCUCUACCUCUGAGGUCCACGUCACGCCUCCGUCGCAAUGCGGCGUGAAGUCCGGCGGACGUCUGCGGGUCGCGACGGAUCGCCACUCAGUUUCCCGAACCGUCGGGAACUGGACCUUGCGGGCAAUGGGUCGGAGCCAACACUUGACGGGUAACUUGGGAGAUCCCGAUCCAUGGAUGGCGGAGGACAAGGUCACUCGAGACGGGCAUUGGCGUGGCACCCAAUGCCCCACGGGAAGAGAAGAACUAAGCGCAGGUGAUGGUGUCGAUGACCACAAUGACGAUGAUGAUCAUGACGAUGGGACUGUUGAAGUGGUUCCUAGAGGUCGGAUGUUACCUGUGCAAUGGCCGGAGAAACUGGCAGAAGGAUGGAAGUGAUGGCGUGGUGGCCUCAGUAGCAUUGGCCGUCAUGACCUAUUGACCUUGUUUCUGGGAGAGGUGGCAUUGGUGGAACACGCGUAGAUGGUGCGGUGCUCAUGUUCAUGGAUCACAAACGGAUGACGGCGAUGAUGCUCGUGCAGACUAUGGCUACGACGACAAUAAUGAUGAUGGCGAUAAUGAAGGUGAUGCUACUGAUGACGACGACGAUGACGACGAAGACGAUAUCGGAGCGCGUCGGGCCCACAGUCAGGGUUUCGAACUCGCAACGUCCGCACUCGACGGCCGAGCGGUUCGACUGCGGUUGCCACCCAGCCACGUACAGAGUACGCGCAGCUCACUUGCCGUAACAGGGGUCUACCGGCGAUCCCUACCCUCGCCCCACAGAGCGGUGGCACCGCAGUUAGCGCACCAAGCUGUAAACAUGGUGACCCGAGUUGCAGCCUCGGCCUACAACGUAGGUGUGGUGAGGGAUAUAGGGGAAUAUCUUUUCGUACUAUUUUUAUUUAACCAGGUCGGGUCCACUGAGCUAUGUAGAUAUUUUUUUUAGAAGCGACCUGGCCACGAAUGACAGCUCAACGAAGUGGCUCAUCACGUGGAAAUGUAUAGCAGCCAAACACUCAAAACGCACAUUAUUGAUACUAAAUGUGGAGGGGAAAACCGGGGGACUCUGAGAAAAAUCCACGCGGCAAUGGGGAAAGAUGCAAACUCCAAAUAUACAGCAGGCAGUGUCAGGGUUAGGAUUGAACCCACGACCUCCUGUAUACCAGGCGAGCUAGUUAACAUCUCCUAGCCACCGCGGCACCUAACUCCUCCCGCCGCGAUACGCCGGAACCACUCCUCCCACCGCCACCCCCGCUUCUAACCGGCGUGGUGAAGUACGGUCAAACAACCCCCCGCGACCCGGCACGGGGGAGGGGGGGGGGGAGGUGGGAGGCCUUCAUCCAGCAAACGGAUUGACACAAAGGGCUGUAUAUGAAUAAUAUUAUUACUAUAGCGGCAAUUGUUGUUGUGCGUAAUAGAGUAGUUUCGUGACGGCUAAAGUCGUGACGGUCGCGUGUACAGCUGUUGUAUCAAGUGCUCUUCACCGAUGUCUUAUAUGCAAAAAGCGCCGCUGUCCCCCGUCCGGAGUCCGUUCAACGUCGCGAUGCAAGCGGGGAACGGUGGCGCCGAUUUAUCUCGCGCACCACCACCACCAACCACCACCCGCCCGCCCCCCCUGCAAUGCCGUUGGUGAUGUGGGGGGGGGGUAUCACGAUGCGCCGUACACUAGAUCAUAUGAUGUAUCGUACGAUACGUUGUACGAUGUAUCGUAUGGUGCUUCGUACAAUGUACCAUACGGUGUAUCGUAUGGUACAUUGUACGAUGUACCAUAUGAUACAUUGUAUGAUGUUUGGUAUAUAACACAAUGUAUCGUGCGAUGCGUAGUCGGGUAUCGUGUGAGACAUCACCUGGGCUCAAUGUAUUUUACAAUAUUAUACUAUACGAAGACUCAUACGAAACUGUAGGAUGCAUUGUAGGAGAAAUCGCCCAGAAUCAUACGAGACUUCGUCGAUGCUGGUGACUGACCCAAUACCAUCAACAAUGUAUCGUCGGGUAUCGUGCAAUACAAUACAUCAGGCAAUGUACCGUACGAUACAUCAUCACAACUCAAACUGUGAAUGUGUCUCUGUGUGAGUCGAUGGGGUCUCUAUGCGAGUGUGUACAUCUCUACGCUAACCUCCGAAUCUCUAUGCGAGUGUGUGGGUCUCGAUGCGAGUCUGUGGAUCUCUGUGCCAGUCUUUUGGUCCGUGUGCGAGUCACCGUUCACCAGGCCGAGACCGCCGACUCCAGGAUCCGCUUCGAUCACCCAGGGGGUCAGCAAAACCCGGUUUUAAACCCAGGAAAAGAUUCCGGCAGGAUGGCGUUUGGUGGAUCGGCGUUUCCGACACGGCCGUUUGUGAGCCUCCCAAACUAUUCGGGCAAUCGUUGAGCUCCCUCCGUUCCUUGCAAUGCCAUUAGCGGCAAUUACGAGUGUAACGCAAUAGGGCUGCUGCAGGGAAAUUCGAACCGGGUCUCGCGAUGCCUAAAACCGUCCAGUAAUUUAUUAUUUGUGUCCAGUGAAUUAUUUAUGCAAAUGGCUGUUGGUGUGCGGGGGUGGGUUUGUUCCUCCAUGCGAUUAUUUCUAGAGGUGAUGUUUAUAGAAGAAGAAAAAAAAAUAUGGCUUGGUAUUGUGUGUCUGUCAUUGCAUAGAGACCCCAUCGGAGACCCAUCUCAGUCAUUGCCUAGAUAGUCCAGUCUGUCUGUCAUUGCCUAGAGAGACCAAUCUGUCAUUGCCUAGAGAGACCAAUCUGUCAUUGCCUAGAGAGUCCAGUCUGUCUGUCUGUCAUUGCCUCGAGACCCCAUCGGUGACCAGUCAGUCUAUCCGCCUGUUGUUUAGUAUUAUCUCUCAUGUAACUUUUAAUGCAUUUUUACACCACAAAUUCUACUGUGAAUUUUCUACAUCGAAUGCACCGAGCAGCAACGUGAUACCGGGCGGUGAUGAUCGUUGAAAACGAAACUCGCGUGCGUGCGUGCGCGUGUGUGUGUGUGUUUUAUAUGUGUAAAAACUAUUAAAAUCUAUGAACAAAA